UUGUUUUCGUCUCGUAGACGUUUGAGGGUUCGCUCUGAUGACACGGUGGCUAUUCUCCAAAACAUGAUGCUAAUGUCCGAAUUAUCGAAGGGGAAGCUGGAUAUUUUCAUUUAACAAUUGCGUGUACACCAAACUCAAAUUUAAAGCAAUGGCUGAAUUUUAAAUGGGAACAAUGAAGACUUUAAUGGUGUUUGAUUUCGACCACACGGUGGUUGAUGACAACAGUGACACAUGGGUGAUCAGAUGCCUUCCGGAUCAGACUUUACCUGAUACGGUGAAGAAUUCUUACAGGAAAGGCCACUGGACUGAAUUUAUGGGAAGAGUCAUGAACUACAUAGGAGACCAGGAAGUGGGUCCUGACAGGAUCCGCAGCGUGAUGGAGAGCAUUCCCUUCACGGCAGGAAUGACUGACUUGCUGACGUUCAUAUCGGAGAACAAAAACGCCGUCGACUGCAUCGUCAUCUCCGAUGCCAACACGCUUUUCAUCGACUGGAUCCUUGGCGCCGCGGGCCUCCUGGCGGCGGUGGACCAUGUGUUCACCAACCCGGCCAGCUUCAACGAGCGGGGCCGCAUGGAGGUGCGGCGCCACCACGACCACGACUGCCGCCAUUGCCCCGUCAACCUGUGCAAGCGGCGGGUCCUGGAGGUCUACCUGGCCGAGCGCUCCGAGUACCGGCGUGUCUUCUACGUGGGGGACGGCGGCAACGACUUCUGCCCGGCUUCCUGCCUGAGGGGGCGUGACGCAGUCAUGCCGAGGAAGGGCUACGCCUUGGAGAAGCUUCUGGCCGGGUUGGACGGGAGAGAAGAUGAGGUGAGGGCUCGAGUCAUUUCCUGGAGCAGCGGUACGGAAAUCCUGGAGGAGCUGAAAGCCACUUUGAGGUCCUGAUCCGUCCUCGCUCGCUUUUGGACUCCGGCUGUGGACGGUAUUGAUGUUAAAAAUGUCUGCCAGAUCAGGAUCAAUUCAGGAAGUAUUUUGGACAUUUUUUAUCCUCCAUGUUUUAACUCGUGUUUACAAAAUGAAUGACGGGAGACACCCGGGAAUGAAGACCUUCUUAAAGCACAAACACGGUGAGGAGCGAGAGCUAAGCCAGUCAACUAACAAAAUAAAAUUAUUCCGACUCAUUAAAUGUUUUGUUUUUUAUCGAAAUAUUUGCAUGUUAGCAUGCAAUUGUAUCAAUAAAAAAAAUUAAAAAUGACAAAAAUAAUAAUAAAAAAAAAUAUAUAUAUAUAUAUAUAUAUAAUGCUUACUUGGCACUGAACAGUAAGUCCUUUUCUCUAGGCUUUAUAGGAAAACUCCACU